AUGCCGCAUUUGGAAGUGAAUGUAGGCCCGGAUCGAUUUCAUAUGGAGCCUUGUAGACUCAAUGACUCGAGGCACCCGCAUGAAAUAGAUACGGAACACUUUUGUGGUCGCGUGCUGGUCCGCAUUUUGGAUGCACCAGGCGCGAAAGAAGGGGAGCCGGGUCGGGAAUACUUUAACGAUCGCACCCGUCGUUUUUGCAUCCAGAUUGAGGGACGCUUUAAGCAAGAAUGGUCUGGUGACGAUAUCUUGUUUGGUUCUGACUUUGACAAAUUCGUCCCGUUCCCAAGGGCUCCCUUCAAUGCCGGUAUGCGUGUGGCAAGAAUGAUCGAUCCUUGUACAUUUUACGAGGAGCACCCACCAUCAGGUCGUCCGUAUAUCAUGUCGCCCUAUGCUGCAUGCAUGAAUGUAUUUUGUGCAUGGCCGGCUCCACACCGUCUAGAUGACGCUAUCGUGGUGUCGCAUGAUCACGGCGAUAUGCCUAGUUCGGCCGCAGAACACCAAAACGACGGAGGCAUUGUGCCGAUUGAACGUAUCGGCCAUGAGCCUCGUUCAGAAGUCACCGAAAAACGAUCGUCUAAAUGGCUCCCCACUAUUUUAAGUUCUCAUAAAGAUGAUCGAGUCACUGACUCUUACUGGCGCUUUCUCGGCUUCAAAGACGACCCUCUUGUUCAGGCCUAUAUCCAUGCUCACUUACCGGUAGCAUCGACAAAUUCUCCUGCCGCAACGACAAACACGGCGGUAUUGCAUGCACCCACUCCGACGCCUUCGCUGAUGCGGCCUUCGCCCGUCGUAGCAUGUCCAAGGCCACGCAAGCUGCAACAAGGUAUUAAUACAAGUACAAUGAUCGCGCUUGGCUCUAGCAACAAGCCACAUAUGACUCUAAUGCGCGGGCACAUUGACAGAUCAGACACACCAGACUUGCCUGUCUUCCUUUCGUCCAACUUGGUGUUGUCGAAGCACGACACUCAUGGAUCGCCUGGCAUGAUCCAGACACCCGUUCCGCGACCUGUCAACACCAAUGCUACUGUAAAGAUGCUCCAGCAAAUGCGCGUGACGCCAAGUCCUGCCAGCUCGUUGGGCUCAGUUCUGUCUCUGGACGACAAGCUGGGGCCAUGGCGCUUUAAGGAUCCUGGCGCCGAUAUGAUCGAAGACAAUGCCUUUAUAUUCAAGACGGAGAGUGUGCCUGUCUCCAAACGCCGUAAAUACUUUGCAGAUGAGGCAAACCGAAAAAAUUUCAAAUAUCAUCCGGAUGUUGUGUAUGGUACAUCCUUCUUUUCCAAUCUCUUUGACUUCAACAGCUUUGACCUCAGCAUUGGUCCGGUACAUAUCAAUGUUCAUCCCUUUUUCCGUGAGAUGCCUAUUCGCUAUACGUUGCGAUCAAAGACCGAUGAAAACAUCGUGUUCUGUACAGUGUCAUUUCAGCUAGUCGACUAA